UCAUCCUCGUCAAGACUUUUUUUUUUCAUGUGAAUUGAAUUACAAAUUUUGCGUUGCUCUUUUGUGGUUGUUUGUGAAUGAGAAAAUCUCUUAGGCGUAUUGCCCCACACUAUCAUAACUUCAUUUACCGAGGUUGUAAGCUGGAAUAUAAAAUGAUCAUUAUAUCCUUUCAAUAACCCAACAAUUGUAAAAAUAGGUUACUACUAAUUGCAUUGAAAAUUGAGUUUAGUAUUACUAGGUUUAAAAAUAGUGAUCUAAAAAAACUUAAACGAAAUCUACUCCGUCUCCGUCGUCGCAACCCUACCUAAAGUAAAAGUAUAACGCAACCCUCAAAAAAAAGGAUCUCACUAUGCCAAACGUUGCACACCCAGAUUUACAAAUCAUUAAAUUCGUCGUUAAUGUCGAUGGUCAAGAACCAUCUGAAGUCCAAGUUGAAGGGGCUGAAGAUAUAAUCUUCAAUAUUCCUGAAAGUUCGAAAUAUUAUACUACUAUUCAUUUUAAAGUUAAGAACAGAGAAUUGAAAAAUGUUAAAUAUAAACAAGUGGUAAGGAAAGCAGGUUUGGUUAUCAAACAAAGAGAAUUAGACCUUGGUCCUGAAUUCCAACCAUCUGAUGAAGUCUAUACUACUGAUUUCCCAGAAGAUACUACUCCAGGUGGAUUUUUCAUUAGAGGUACUUAUCCAUCUACUUCAACUUAUUAUGCUGAUGAUGAAGAAUUAUUCACUAGUGAUUGGACUUUAACCAUCACUAAGAAGUAAGUUGGAACAGUUGUAUUAGUUUAACGACAGACUUCUAUUUUUAUUUAUUUAUCAUAAAUUUAAGUUUUUUUAAAGUAAUUCCAAUUGUAGCAAAAUGUAAUCAUUAAAAGGUUGCAAAUUAAAAAUGAUAGCGGUGUAACCUAGAGAAUGGUUCGGUACACUUUUCCCUCCUUCCCUGCGACUUACCGACUGAAGUUCUCCCUAAAGGAUCGAGUGCGGCUCAGUUAUAAUGUUACGUGUAACCCC